CAGUAGAGGAGGUGGUGUAGAGCUCAGUGUACAUUCAGGCCUGUAGGACACCGUAAGAAAACCCUCCGCAGCAGCGCGCAUUUUUGCCCGCAGAUAUUCGCUUUUACAGACUCUAUCAGAGGGAGGAUUGUCCACCAUGUCGUCUGUGUUCAGGCUCGUCGCCAAACAGGUCAAGAGCCACCCAGCUCUGAUCCCCCUCUUCGUCUUCAUCGGUGGUGGGGUAACCAUGAGCUUCACGUACUUGUGUCGGCUGGCUCUGAAAAACCCUGAUGUCUCAUGGGAUCGCAAGAACAACCCUGAGCCCUGGAACAAACUGCAGCACAAUCAGCAGUACAAACUUUUCACGGUUAACAUGGACUACUCCAAGCUGAAGAAGGACAGGCCUGAUUUCUAAGUCACCGUGUCUUUGCAGUUCUGUCUCUGACGUUGUCGUCAGUGUGAAGAGCCUUUGCACUUUUUGCCAAAUACAAAAAUAAACCAUGACAUUGAACAAAGAUUGAAUCACACUUUUUUCCUGCACUCAUUCAGUCAGGUCAUUUCCAGUGUGAAGGGAAGAAGGGUUCAUUCACUUAAUCGAUGACUGUAUGAAUAAAGCAGGCAACCACCUGCUUUACUAAUUUAUGAAUUUAUUUUUGACUCUGUUGUAAACCAUUAAAUCCAUUUCACUUCA